AUGGCUUCCAAGUUCCUACGAGAGUACAAGCUAGUCGUCGUCGGCGGUGGUGGUGUCGGUAAAUCAUGCCUGACCAUCCAGCUGAUCCAGAGCCACUUCGUGGACGAGUACGACCCAACAAUUGAAGGUGAGCCGCUGAGCCCAGCCCUGUUCAACACCCUGCAACGAGUUCCCAAUCGCUCACCUCGUCCGCUACCCUUCCAGAUUCCUACCGCAAGCAAUGUGAGAGAGUACUCCGCGAUGCGAGAACAGUAUAUGCGAACCGGCGAGGGCUUCCUGCUCAUCUACUCCAUCACUUCGCGUCAAUCAUUCGAAGAAAUCAUGACCUUCCAACAGCAAAUCCUGCGCGUCAAGGACAAGGACUAUUUCCCCAUCAUCGUCGUCGGUAACAAGUGUGAUUUGGAGAAGGAGCGUGUGGUCUCGGAGCAAGAGGGUGAGGCCCUAGCCCGCCAAUUCGGCUGCAAGUUCAUCGAGACCUCCGCCAAGUCCCGCAUCAACGUCGAGAACGCUUUCUACGACCUCGUCCGUGAAAUCCGCCGCUACAACAAGGAUAUGGCCUCCUACCCAUCCGGCUCGGGCGCUUUCGGUGCUCGCGCCCCUGAGGGCAAGAUGGAUGUCAGCGAGCCCGGUGAGAGUGCUGGCUGCUGCUCCAAGUGUGUCAUUAUGUAA